ACAGUACAUCUAUAUAACAGAAAAAGCCGAGCGUUAGAGACAGAAGAUAUUUUCUUCUUUUCGAGUACUCUCGUAAUGGUGCCUACCAUUUUAGUGAGCUAGGAAAAAGCCUAUUUAAUAGUGAUUGUCAACAUAACAGCAAAGACCAUAGAACAGCUGUAAAUUUGAAAUGGAAAAAAGCGCGGACGGGCCAUUGUUUCGCGCAGAUAGAAAUAAUGGAGCUAAUGAGGGGGCCAUUGGAAUAUCUUGUAUCGAUGAACGUGUUGCUAUCUUAGAUGCUGGUGCACAAUAUGGAAAAGUGAUUGAUCGUAAAGUUCAUGAGCUUAAUAUACAUAGCGAUAUUUUGCCUCUGGACACACCGGCUAUCAUUCUUCAAGAAAAAGGAUAUAAAGCUAUUAUUAUCUCUGGUGGACCUAGUUCAGUUUAUGCAGAAGAUGCACCCAGAUAUGAUACAGAUAUUUUCCGAAUAGGAAUUCCCGUAUUAGGAAUAUGUUAUGGAAUGCAAAUGAUGAAUAAGGAAUUCGGGGGUACUAUUAUAAGAAAAUCAGGACGUGAAGAUGGUCAAUACCCAAUUGAAAUAGAUACCAAGUGCCUUUUGUUUAAGGGCUUGGAAAAAGAAGAAAUGGUAUUGCUAACACACGGAGAUAGUAUAGACAGGAUUGCUGACGGUUUUCGUAUUACUGCCAAAUCAUCAAACUUCAUUGUAGGCAUAGCCAGUGAUAAAAUGAAUUUAUAUGGAGUGCAAUUUCAUCCAGAAGUAGAUUUAACGCCUAAUGGAAAAAUAAUGCUGCACAAUUUUCUUUAUGGUAUAGCUGGUCUUACGGGUAAUUAUACGCUUCGUGAUAGGGAAGCACAAUGUAUUCAGUAUAUCAGAGAUGCUGUUGAUAAUAAGAAAGUUUUGUUGUUGGUGAGCGGAGGCGUGGACUCAACGGUAUGUGCAGUACUAUUGCAUAAGGCACUCAGUAAAGAUCAAGUUAUUGCACUGCAUAUCAAUAAUGGCUUCAUGCGCAAAGGAGAAACACAAUUCGUGGAACAGAGUUUGUCCCAAUUAGGAAUCAGAUUGAGGGUAGUAAAUGCUGCACAUUGUUUCAUGCAAGGCACUACCUCAGUUCCUUUGGAUAACAUUAAUCCAGCCUUGAAUGCAAAUACUAUAAACAGCAAAGGAAUUGUUAGUACAGCUACAACUCCACGAACAAGACUAACAAAACUGUUAUGCGCAACUACCAAUCCGGAAGAAAAGCGAAAAAUUAUUGGGGAUGUUUUUGUAAGGGUAGCCAAUGAAGCAAUUGCAGAAUUGGGUUUGAAGCCGGAAGAAGUAAUCCUUGGACAGGGCACUCUCAGGCCUGACCUCAUAGAGAGUGCGAGUGCCUUGGCAAGUGGUAAAGCUGAUGCUAUAAAAACGCAUCAUAACGAUAGCGACCUUGUGAGAGCACUGAGAGCACAAGGUCAAGUAGUUGAACCUUUAAAAGAUUUUCAUAAGGAUGAAGUAAGACAAUUGGGAUGUGAUCUUGGAAUACCAGCGUUACUUGUUUCUCGUCAUCCAUUCCCAGGACCUGGUCUUGCUAUCCGCAUUCUUUGUGCUGAUGAACCAUACAUGGACAAAGAUUUCUCAGAAACCCAGGUCAUAGUUAAAAUAAUGGCAGAGUAUGAACAAAUGCUACAGAAAAAACAUGCAUUAUUAAAUCGUGUAGAAGGUGCAACAAAUGAAAAUGAACGUCAACAACUUCGAAGAGUUUCCAGUCGUCGUCAUAUUGCUGCAACGCUUUUGCCUAUUCGUACUGUAGGAGUUCAGGGAGAUCGUAGAUCUUAUAGCUAUGUAGUAGGAUUAUCAAGUGAAGAAAGUAUCUCAGAAGGAGUGGAAUGGGAAGAUAUGUUAUUCCUUGCGAGGUUAAUACCACGUGUGUGCCACAAUGUAAAUCGCGUAUGUUAUAUCUUUGGACCACAGCUUCAUCAUCCUGUCACAGACAUUACACAGACACAUCUUACAUCUAAUGUGAUAGCUACCUUAAGACAAGCAGAUCAUUUAGCAAAUCAGGUUUUGGCUGCUAACGGUUGCAUGGACGUUAUUAAUCAGAUGCCUGUAGUUCUAAUUCCUAUACAUUUCGAUCGCGAUGCUGCUUCUAGAACGCCUUCGUGUCAGCGUUCGAUCGUUAUUAGGCCAUUCUGUACCAACGAUUUUAUGACAGGAACUCCUGCGAUUCCCGGAAAAGAAUUACCAAUUCACGUGGUGAAGAAAAUGGUGACUGAAAUAUCUACGGUACCCGGCAUUUCACGCGUUCUGUAUGAUCUAACGCCUAAACCGCCGGGUACUACCGAAUGGGAAUAGUAAAUACUCGUCUCUAACUCACCCCUUUCUAUUUUUUCACCACCCCUGCGCGUACCAACUACAAAGUGAAAAAUAUAUUUAAAAAAUAUAUAUAUUACAAAAAUA